UUCAGGCAUGAGACGAUUUGAAUAGUUCAACAUGUCUAUUCAAACUUGGAAUUGAUUAAUAUGAAUGAAGAAAGUUCAAACACAUACAAACAAGCAUAUGGAGAUAAUUCCUUGGCAAGACUAAACAAUUGUGCAUUGACUUAGAGAAUGAUAUCUUCUAAACUUGGAAUUGAUUAAUAUGAAGAAAGUUCAAACACAUACAAACAAAGCAUAUGGAGAUAGAUUUGAACAUAUGACUAAACAUAAUGACAUCAUUAGCCAAACUAUGAAUAUUAACAACAAAGCCUUUUAAUUUUGAUGGCUUAUACAUGAGGUUAUUCUACUUAUUAAUUCAAGACAAAGAUUAUCAACUCAAAAUCGUUUAACAGUACAUGAUGAUGGUUUCGAAAAUAUUCUCUUUACUUCAGUUUUUCACUCUCUUUACAAUUACUUUUGCUUCCACCGAGGAAGCAACUGCUCUCCUAAAAUGGAAAUCAACUUUCAAGAACCAGAAUAAUUCCUUAUUGGCUUCAUGGAAACCAAGUUCUGAUGCAUGCAGCGACUGGUACGGAGUUACAUGCAUUAAUGGUAAGGUAAACACGUUGAAUAUUACGAAUGCUAGUGUGUUUGCUACACUCUAUGAUUUUCCAUUUUCAUCUCUCCCUUUUCUUGAGUAUCUUAAUCUCAGCAUGAACAAUUUGUCUGGCACCAUCCCACCUGAGAUUGGUAAUCUCACUAAUCUUGUGUGUCUUGACUUGAAUAUCAAUCGAAUUUCGGGUACAAUCCCAUCACAAAUCGGCUCACUAGUCAAGCUUCAGAUCCUCCGCAUAUUUGGCAACUAUUUAAAUGGUCCAAUUCCAGGAGAAAUAGGUCAGCUAAGAUCUCUUACUAAGCUAUCUUUGGGUGCUAACUCUCUUAAUGGCUCUAUUCCUCCUUCAUUGGGGAAUUUGAACAACUUGUUCUAUCUGUUUCUUUAUGAGAAUCAACUUUCUGGCUCCGUUCCCGAAGAAAUAGGUUACCUAAGAUCUCUUACUGAACUAGAUUUGAGUACCAAUUUUCUUAAUGGUUCUAUUCCUCCUUCAUUGGGGAAUUUGAACAACUUGUCCUAUUUGUCUCUUUAUGAGAAUCACCUUUCUGGCUCCAUUCCGGAAGAAAUAGGUUACCUAAGGUCUCUUACUGAACUAGCUUUGAGUUUCAACUCUCUUAAUGGUUCUAUUCCUCCUUCAUUGGGGAAUUUGAACAACUUGACCCUUUUGUCUCUUCAUGAGAAUCAACUCUCUGGCCUAAUUCCUAGUGUGUUGGGGAAUCUG